AUGGGUACCCCUAACUUCGUCCACCCGUUCUCGAACGCCCCGGCGAAACAAUUUUGGACUAGCGUCAAGAAAGAGAUUCAUUCGUCGGCGAUGCUUUUCGCACCGCAGACCAGUGUAGUGAGAAAUGUCUGUAGCCGGAUUUCCGCAUGGAUACCGAGGUGUCCGAUCACUCCAACACUGUGGAGUCCGGAGCUGCAGAAGCUCGAGGGACACACUGGUUCGGUGAACGCGGUGGCAUUCUCCCAGGACGGCUCGCUGCUCGCUUCUGCGUCACAUGAUGAAACAGUCAGACCAUGGAACCCGAGUACGGGUCAAGAUGGCUGA